AAUCUAGAAAGAAAAACAAACAUAUCAAAUAUGUAUGUGUUAUUGUGUGUUAAAAAUAGUCACACGUUCCUUCCGAGCUGAGUCAUGACAUGGUGUGUUUAAACCUGUCUUACUUGAAAGCUUGAAGCCUUGAGUCCACGGAGCAAAAGAGGCGGAAAUAGAGGUUAUGUACUGAUUCUUAACUAUACAUCAUGGAUGAUAGCAGUGAUACUGACUGAGAAAUUAAGUUAUUAAUUAUUUCCAUAUUUUCUAUGUAUACAUAUCAAGGUGUCUGUAUGAAAAAUAUAUAUUUUAUUUAUUUUUGUAAUAUGGGCACAUAUGUGUAAUACUCUUUAUUCUUUCUGUUUUUAUAUUUUCUCUAAAUAUAAAAUAAAAAUUUGAUCACAAAAAAAACAGUGCAGUUGUAAUUUGGAAACCAACACAGUCAUAAUGACGCAUGAGAAUGUGUGGUGUGGGAGAGAUAAACGACUGACAACAGAAAAACAAAAUAAAGUGUGUUUUUCUUUCAGUUUCUUUUCUCUCAGUUUUGAUUAUUGAAAACUGUUAUCGGCAAACUGAUGAAAUACUAAGGAGAAGAAGCAAAACUUAAGGAAAACUGGGAAAUGGAACCGAAAAGGAAAACAGGAUUUAAGUUUCAUUUCCUCCUACUUUUUUUUUUUUUUUUAUGGCUGUGCAGCUGUUUUUCCUUCUUCUUUUUUUAGGAGCAGUUGAUUCGAAACUACGGUGGCCCUGAAGGUCAAAACACAACAUUUCACAAAACACUACUGAGAUGUCGUUAAUGUUAUGUUUUGCUGAAAUGUUCAAACCCAAUAGAAGCGUGUUUGGAUUUUUUUUUUUUUUUUAGCUUUUUGGCACAUGUUUCUGAGGGUAAUACUACAUUAUUAUAGCUGCUGUUGUACUUUUUAUUAUUAUUAGUCUUUAGAUACUAAUGUGUACUAUUGCAUUUCAUCUUAUGUAUCUAUAUCUAUAUAUCUAUAUUACCUAUGAUAUAUGAUAAUAAUUAAAAUUAUUGUUAUACUUACUGUUAUACUGCUGCUAAGUAUAAUUAUAUUUUAUGUUGCAUCGUUGCAUUGGCUCCAUGUUUCACACCUUAAAUGUUCCAGAUACAUUUCACGUGCUACAGUUUCAUGUUUUUUUAUUAUUAUUAUUAUUCAAAAUGCAUUAUGAUGUCAUUCUUUCUCACUUGAGCCCAAAGUCCAUACAUUUCUAUCUGUCCAACAGGGUGGUUAGCUCCGAGGCAGGUAGCUGUACAGGUGUACAGGUUGCCUAACAAACGGAUGACUAGUUACUUGGGUUGAGACUUAGUUAACCGAAUAGGUAGUUUGUCUCACGCCAGAGGACACCUGUGUCUCACUGGCCGUCCCCAUUCUAUUUGCAUCCGACCAGCAGAUGAAAAGUAGCUGCCUUGUUAUCCACGUUAUUUGCAAGUUGCGAAAUGUAUAUCUUCAGACUGAGUUCAGUUUGGACAGAAUUGUUUCCCGCUUUUCACCAUGGCAGCGCAGUGGCUUCGUCCUAUAUUUCCAUUGACCCUGGCUGUGAUUUUCACGUCCACAGCUGAAUGCAGUGACUUCACGGUGAACUGCUCUGAGCCGACCCAGACAUCCCUGCUGGAUGCUCUGACUCCGGUCUUUAACCUCAGCACCAUACGGCCCGUCAUGAACAUGUCGACCUGUACCAACAUCAGCACCUCAUUCACCUUGUAUGGAAUUCUAGGCGUAGAUGAAAAGGCUCAACUCUUGAACACCUAUCUUUGGAUAAAUUAUUGGUGGGUGAAUGAGUUCAUCAGCUGGGAUCCAGACCAGUGUGGUACCGACAAAAUUGCUCUGCCCAGAGAUAAAUUUUGGAUGCCGGAUAUUGUCAUCAAUGAGUUCAUGGAUGAAAACACAGCACCUUAUGUUCCGUACAUUUACAUACACAGCGAUGGCACAGUUCGUGACGCUCAGCCGGCCAAAGUUGUCAGCUCCUGUAACCUUGAUAUUUAUAACUUCCCCUUUGACGUGCAGAACUGCACACUGACCUUUAACUCCUACCUCCACUAUGCGUCAGAUAUUCAACUUUUUUUGGCAAAAGGUGCCGAAGACAUCACAGAGCACUCCAAGCAUGUCAUGACCACCAUGGGGGAGUGGGAGCUGCUGGACAUCACCACCAACAAGAUCAGGGCACACCAGCAUGACAUGAUGUACAUCGACGAGCUGAUAUUCCAUAUCUCAGUGAGACGCAGAUCCACUCUGUACGUGGUGAACCUGCUGAUCCCCAGCUGCUUCCUGAUCACAGUCGACCUCUUCAGUUUCCUGCUGCCUCCUCAUACUGUGGACAGAUCCUCCUUCAAGAUGACCCUCAUCCUGGGCUACACCGUCUUCCUGCUCAUCAUGAACGACCUGCUGCCCAUCACUGGGAACAAGAUACCGCUCAUAAACGUGUUCUUCUCUCUGUGCCUGGCUCUGAUGGUGGCCAGUCUUCUGGAGACGAUCAUCAUCACAAACCUGCUGUGUGGCUCUGCCAAAGUGUCUUCUCUCCCUCACUGGAUCCAAGUGUUUAUUUUCCAAAUUCUAGGCAGACUUGUUUGUCUGCCUUACAAGCCUAAAAGCUCAGAACCGGAGCAAAGAUCCGCAGAGGCAAAACCUGCGGCUGAAGGGAAGACUCCAGAACAGAUUCAGGGUCCAGAAAUGGAAGAGAAGGCCGUGCAGGAGCUGAAGAGUCUGAGCAAGGACCUCCAGGCUCUGCGCCUGCAUGUGGAGCAGCACUUUGGUGGAAGUCAAAGUUCAGAGGAGUGGAUGCAGUGCUGCCCACCGAAAGUCAAGUCGUCUAAGCUUCUAUUCAUCCUCACCUUUCUGCUCAUGCAUGCUGGUUGCAGUUCCGUUGCACUGAACUGUUCUCGCCCCGACACGCUGGCUCUGCUGGAGGCUCUGACGCCGGUCUUCAAACUGAAUUCCAUUCGACCGGUGAUUAAUUCAUCUACACCGACCACCGUCGACAUCUCCUUCAUUCUGUUUGGCAUCUUAGGCGUGGAUGAAAAGGCUCAAAUUCUCAAAACCUUCAUUUGGCAAACUUUAACUUGGAAAAAUGAGUUCAUCAGCUGGGAUCCAGAAGAGUGUGGCUCCUCCUGGAUCACAGUUCCCAGAACUUUGCUCUGGGUUCCUGAUGUGGUCAUCAAUGAGUUUAUGGACCAGAACUCGGCUCCGUCUGCACCAUACUCCUACCUUAAUUCUGAUGGCCGGAUCUUGGACGCACAGCCUGUCAGAGUGAUCAGCUCCUGCAAGCUGGACAUCUACAUGUUUCCCUUUGACUUACAAAACUGCACUUUCAGCUUCAACUCCUACCUUUACUUUAAGUCGGAAAUCGAGCUUCAGUUAUCUAUAUCAGCAGAAACCGUAGAUAAGCUGUCUAAGGAAGUGAUCGCAACCAUGGGUGAGUGGGAACUUAUUGGCAUCACAGCGAAGAAGUUUGAAUUACCGAGCACACAGAAUGGCACCACGUAUGAGGAGCUACGCUUCUAUAUCUCAGUGAGGCGCCGUUCCACCAUGUACGUGGUGAACAUGCUGAUCCCCAGCUGCUUCCUCGUCACCGUCGACCUCUUCAGUUUCCUGCUGCCUCCACAGAGCGUGGACAGAGCCCUCUUCAAGAUGACCCUCAUCCUGGGCUACACCGUCCUGAUGCUCAACAUGAACGACAUGCUGCCCAUCACUGGGAACACCAUCCCCCUCAUAAACGUGUUCCUGUCUCUGUGCCUGGGUCUCAUGGUGGUCAGCCUCCUGGAGACUAUCGCUGUCACCAACCUGCUGCGUGGAUCUGUUCAUUACGCCCGACUUCCUCGGUGGAUCAGAGUGUUGGUUCUCCGUAUCCUGGGCCCUUUGGUGCGACUUCCUCUGAAGCCCAGCAGUCGGCAGGAGGACACGGUCAUCUCCAAUCCUGCAGCAGAUGUUGAAAUGAAACCGUCCAUUCGUGCGGAGCAGGAAGGAUCACUGAGUUCGGACGGAUCCCUGGUGGAGCUGAAGGUCCUGGGCACGGAGCUCCAGACUGUCAGACGUCUCGUGGACAAGGCGCUGAACCAGAGCCAGAGCUCAGAAGAGUGGAUCCAGGUGGGGCUGGUCAUCGACCGCCUGCUGUUCCUCCUCUACAUCGGCUUCUUGUUGGUCAGCUUCAUGACCAUCAUCAUUUUGUGGGCGAAGUCCAACAGCAUCACCUGAUAUAUGUCGCAAAUACAGAGUGGAUUUGUUUAAGACUGUGUGGUGUUUUCAAUCAUAAUUUUAAAAAUAAUAAUUAAUUAAAAACAUAUUUCAAUCAGCAAUUUUUAAAUAAAUUACUAGACAUUUCAUGCGAUUCACAGGUUGUCAUUAAUGUGUUGUAACAAUAGGUUUUGUUUAUUGUAGAAAAACAUCUAUUUUUAAUAUAGAAUAUGACAUAAAUAAACUAAUUAAUCAAUCAGGUGUGUAUUUAUGAAGUCUUUCAUCUUUUCAUUGAAACCAUGUGUCAGUAAAUACAGUUUAAUUACCUUUAGAUAAAUAAUCCUGUUUCUAAUGAUGGUGUUCUUAGGUAUACAAUCACUUUAAGCCUUUU